AUGAAUCUACGGACCUUGUCAAAGCGUUAUUUGCAUCAAACCAGAAUCUCUUUGAGUGAAUUAAAUUUCUUUUCAACUGAAGAAGACGAAGAUACACAUGAACUGCAUAAUCAAACGCUUUCAACACGUAUAUAUUUAAUCUUAUUAGUAGUGUCCGUGUUUGGCCUUUUGAUCUAUACAUUGACUGUACCCAUUACAGAAACAAUCGUUAUCAAACAACCCUUCUAUCAUCAAUAUCAAAAACUCAUAUAUGAACAACAUAAUCUUCAAUGUCAAUGCAAACAAACUUCGAUCACUUUUGAUGAAUUUGUCGAUUUGCAGCCGCACUAUCAUCCUGUUUGCACGUCAGACUUCAUAAGUGAUCAAUGGCUUGACUUUCUAAGCAAUAUAAGUCAAUUACCUCAUCUAAGUGUCAUCGAUUUUCGUCGAACAGCAGUUUAUUCGUUUCAAUUUCUUCAACAUUUAUGUAAAUUUGCUGAAACAAAUAUCGAUCAAUUUGUUCAACAGCAAUUCAAGUCUCGAUCGUAUAUCAGUUAUCAUUUAAAGGGUAAUGAUAUAUUUCAAGAAGAAAUUCGUUCAUAUGUUGAUAAAUUGAUUGAGACAGAAGAAGUCAAUUUUGUACAAUUAAUUCGAAUAUUUUCUGAUUUUAUACAUUCGCAAGGCUUGGUAUCCACAUUAUCUACGAAUAUUGUUCACUACAGAAAUAUACCAUCAGUUGUUACGUCAGACGUAGAGAAUUUGCUUACAUAUUAUCGUGAUAGGAAAUAUUAUGAUAAGAAAACACAUACGAAUUGCCGAUGUUUUUUUUUCAAAUGUAUUCAAGAAUAUGAAAUUCGAGAUUUACAAACUUCUAGCAUUCUCUUUACAAUUCCAAACUUUUACACAGGCUGUUUCAUAGUUGAUUCUUUACUUGACUCAAGUCUCAUAUGUUUCUAUAACCAAACAUGUAUCAAAGAAUUAACAUUUCAUCUCAAUUCUUCAUUAUCUAUCACUACGAUUAAUUUGUCACGAUCAUUCUCAAAAAUAAAUCAAACAGUCUACGAACUUGCAAGUCAUCUAAUGAUUAACGAAUGGAACACAACUACUUAUUUUCACAAAUACUAUGACCUUUGUCAACCAUUCCAAUGCAUAUAUACAUAUGAACAUCGAUUUGUUAUAUCUUAUGUGAUUACAACAUUGUGGAGUGCUAUUGGUGGUUUGGUAACUAUCUUUCGAGUGUUAGUGCCAAAUGUUGUAAAACUGAUUAGAAAAAGAAGAAAUGAUACUAAUGAAAAGAUUUCCAAGCGCCGUUGGUUGGUUGGACAACUCAAAUCCGUUAACUUAUUUAAAUCGACUCCACCAUCCACCGAUUUCGAAGUAGUUUAUCUUGAAAUUAUUUCAACGUAUAUUUAUAUUUUCGUUUUUCUUGUCUCACUCAUUCUCCUAACAAUCUAUACAGCAGUCCUGCCACAAAAAGUCACAAUUACAGUGUCUUCGCCAUCUAUCAAAGAAUAUGAACAUCUAAAUGUUCACCAUGCUGAUACUCUUACGUGUGAAUGUACACAGAUUUCUAUUGAUUUACAAACAUUUAUCGAAAUAACACCUAAAUAUCACCAAAUCUGUUCAAGUGUCUAUAUAACAGACAUAUGGUACCAAUAUUUAAUUAGUCGUGCUGAGAAUGUUUCAUCAGGAAUUCUUUAUACUGCAGAUGAUUUUCCGACAGCUAUCGGACCAGCUGUCUUUCGUAUGCUUGAAGCAUUUUGCAAGUUGAGCCAGGAAAACGUUCAAACCAAGUUAAACAAUCUGAAAUUAUCCACUUAUAUUACAAAAGAAGUCGUACGAAGGACAGUUUUUGUUGCACAACAAAGUCAUACUGUCGAAUUAUUCAAACUUGAUCAACAUCUGACGAACGCUUUAUCAAUGGAAAUGUUUGCAGAAAUGAUACAAUGGAACUCUCUAUAUUCCUACAUGCAAAUAAACUAUUCGCCAUAUCUGCGAUACCCUCCAUGGUCAGUGCAUAUGGGAUUUUCCUAUGCUGAUAAAUGUUUAUGUAUACUCCAAUACAGACGCUGCUUUAUCCCUGCGACCAUUGCAGCUCUUGAGCCAAAUAAGACUAGUGUAUAUGGAUCUUUUUGGCCUGUACCAGGAAUUUUCGGCGGAUGUUAUCCAUAUUUUGGUACGUUACCGUCUACUUUAGUCUGUCUGUAUAAUAAGUCAUGUUUAUCUGGAUUAAUAUACUAUCUUCGACCGACGUUUGAAUUGAAUAUCACUGUACUAAAAGAACAUUCGCCUCCAUCGAUAUUCAAUUCAACAACGAGAAUUAUUGAAUUAAUCCAAGAGUCAAUGAUCGAGCAUUGGCAAAUAAUCAUUAGUUAUGAGCAAUAUUAUGAAAAAUGUAAACCAAAGCAAUGUACUUAUACAUAUGUAAAACGAUUUUUGAUUACUUAUGUUAUUUCAAUAAUUCUGGGUGUUAUCGGUGGUUUAUCUUGGUCACUAAGAUUAAUUGUACCAUAUUCAGUGAAAUUAAUAAGAAAACUAUGGAUCAAGAUAAGAUAUGAAGAUGAUCAGAAUCAAGAUGACAUAAGUACGUUUACGACUUAUCUAAAAGUAUUAUUCCUUCAUAUCACAUAA